UCCGUUUUACACUGGAGCUUCUGGCAGGUUUCUGAGCAGCUUUGUACGAGAAAGUGAGAGAUUGAGAUUUAAACCUUCAUGAUAGCCGGCCGCAUUCAUCGGAUUACUUGAUAAACUAACUCGACUUUUAAGGUCAUCUAAAGGUCUCUCUGACAACUCUUUUAUAAGGACCACCAUGGAGGAGCCAACAGCAGACAUAGAAGUGACAGUCAAAACAUUAGACUCACAGAGCAGAACCUUUACUGUUGGAGCUCAGUUGACCGUAAAGAUGUUUAAGGAGCACAUUGCACCUUCUGUGGGUAUCCCCGUAGACAAACAAAGACUGAUUUACCAAGGCAGAGUGCUUCAGGAUGAAAAGACUCUUGUGGACUAUAAUGUGGGUGGCAAGGUGAUUCAUCUCGUGGAGCGGGCACCGCCUCCCACCUCUCAACCUGGUAUGGGCUCAGGUGGUGCUUCCUCCGACAGUGGCUCUUCCUCCUCCUCACCAGGAACAUCACAGGUUCCACCGCAUGAUCGCAAUGCUAACAGCUAUGUCAUGCUUGGUACCUUCAACCUACCUGUCAACAUCAUGGACCCACAGCAAAUACAGAUGACAGUCCAUCAGAUGGUGGGAGAGAAUCCCAGAAAUACCAGACUCCCAACAAGCACUGGGAGCGAUGGUUCUGUGAAUGUGCACAUUGAUAUGAACCAAACAGUGCAGAGUGAGCCGAGGCUGAGGCUCGUACUUGCGGAGAACUUGCUGAGGGAUCUCAGUAAUGUCAUCCAAAGAAUAGAGGCACGACCAGCAAACUCAUCCACUCAACCUGCGACACCUUCCAAUGCUACUGCGCCUGCCUGCGCUGCACCUCCGCCUCCCUCAUCUUCUUCUACAACCUCCACUCCUUCUCCCUCCUCCCAGCCCAUGGAUACAUCUCCCCCUUCAACAAGUCCACCACCUCCACAAGCCAACACAGCGCAGUCUGAUGGACCACGUCCUGGGCCUAAUCAUCCCAGUCCGAUGGAGCUGGCGGAGAUGUUGUCUGAACUUCAGAGGGUCGAGGAGAGACUUCAGCCCUUCAUCCAACGAGCUCACACUGUACUAGAGACGGCCGCUACCGCGGAAUACAACAACAACGCAGAACGAGAAGAGGACCAGCAGACUCUCGUUGCCUCAAUGGAGUGUCUUCGUCUCCUUGGCAACGCUCUUGUGGCACUCAGUGACCUGCGUCUGAAUCUCAUGAGCCCCGUGCCACGCCACUUGCAUGUGGUUCGUCCAUUUUCGCACUAUUCUACCCCGGUCACACUGCCCGGGGCAGUACACCAACACAUCCCAGUGCAAAUGAACCUGGGUGCCACAGUGACUGUUGCAAGUAACAGCACGGAAGGACAAGCCCCUGCCAAUCAGGCAGCUACCCCGUCAGAGCCCGCAGGUCAGGGACAGACGCCUCCUGCACAAACGAUACCGCCAACACAGAUACAGGCUGGUCCGCGAGUCAUCAGGAUCAUGCAGAUGAACGCAGAUGGUUCAGGCUCUAAUCCUGCAGCUGGCCAGCAGAUUCCUGCACAACCAGGUGCUCUCCCGCCUGACUUUGUGAGAAAUCUAAUGCAACAAAUCAGCAGUUACGCCGCGGCCGUAGCUACCAGCGCUGCUACUGCUGCCGCCUCUGCCGCCGCAACAGGCCAGCCGGUACCCCCGCAGUUCACACCGCCUGGCUACAGCCCCGCAGCUAACUCCUCAACAACCACCGCAGGUUCCAACACAACCACGACAUCACAAACUGUCCCGCCUCCUCCCCACACUGGACCCCAGGCCAGGAUUGUGUUCACUCGGCCUACUUUUGCACCACAAAUGCCGCCUCCAACAUUUGGAACCAGGGGAGCAACUGUGAAUGUAAGGGCUACUACGCCAGGCCAGCAGCCAGGACAGACAUUCAACCAGCUGUUAAGCGGACUAGUUGGACAACUUCUGCAGCCUGGUCAGAUGGGACCAAGAGUUCCUCCUCCUGCUUCUGCUGCUCCUCCUCCUCCUAACGCAAAUGCCGGUAGUGCACCGGGUCAACCUGGGACCAAUUCCACCCCGCUCCCGUUCCAAGAGAUGUCCCAAGACGUAAACCAACUCCUUGGCUCACUGCUUGGGGUUGCCGGAGCAGCCGACGUCGGUGGCCCCCCCGCCACUACGUCUGGUGUCCCAGCCUUCGUCCAGGGAGUCAACGAAUUCAUGCAGGGCCAACCUAUCUUUUCUGCACCUCCACCUGCUCCUAGUGCUGCCCCAGCUCCUGGUGCAGGUCCCACUCCAGCUCCUAAUCCUUCUCCGGCCACUGAGGUUGUCAACCCCGAGUUGUUCACAGGCAUAGUCCGGGGUGUUCUCAGCACCAUGAUGGGGUCGCUGGGCCAGGCUCAGAACGACACGGAGAGUAUUGCUCAGUUUAUGCAGAGGCUGUCCCAGGCGACCAACAUCUUCAUCAGCUCUGAGGAUCCGACAGGAUUUUUCGGAGAGCUGCUAAUGCUCGUGUGCCAGACAUUCACCAUGUCGGACCUGGUGAUGCUGCUUCAUGGUCAGCACCAGCCCUUGGGACGCAUUCAGCCUCAACUCUCCCAGUUCUUCACGCAGAGCUACCUUAAUGGCAGAGAGCCCACCGACCAUAACAUCGCCGACGUGGCUGACGGUCUGGUGAAUGAGCUGGAGGAGUACAUCACGGAGAGCUUCAGAGAGUCUUCGGUCAGCGUGCUCGACGGUGUGGAUAUCACUCAGACCAACAUGUCGUUCUUCAGGCAGCAGCUGAUACACAUUGCCACCCAUAUUCUGCGUUGCUCUGAUGACACAUUUGGGCCCAGGUUGCUUCAAAUGUGCAACCAGGCACUAUUUGAAUGUCUGGGGCUCAACCUGCACUGCCUGAGAGGAGACCAGAGAGCUCUGACUGCAGUGGUCAACCACAGAAUAGUAAGUACAUGUUACAUUAUAGUCUUCCAACAGGUGUGUCCAUUUUCACCAGGGGUCAGGGGAGGGUCACAUCAUCAGUACAGUUCCCCUUGAAGGGCCAGUUGUAAGCUCUAAGACUGCAUAGAUCUAACUACUUGUAGUAGAUGGAAUGUGAUUGGUUUAAAGCUCAGUUUAUAUAGAUGUUUCUGCAAUUCUCUUUAGGAAAUAGCACUAUGAUAAUCAUGUUGCUGCAGUCGUGUGAUACCUUUAUU